CAAUACUGUCAGUAGUCGAGGGGAGGGGGGGCUAGCAGUAGCUGGCUCCGUCAGUAGUGGAGAGAGAGGGUUGGCUGUAGCAGGCUAAUUUUCCAGCAUAUAGUACAUUAGUGUUAUCAAGCUAGAUACAGUUGCGAUCUAGCCCAUUCUGUCCCAUUUUCGGCAAAAAAUCAGCUAGCUAGCUAGAUACCGUUACUUCAAGUACUAAUGGGUGUGGAGGUUGAGACCAUAUCUCCCGGAGACGGGAGGACGUUUCCAAAGAAAGGACAGACGUGUGUGGUGCAUUACACAGGCAUGUUGCAGAACGGGAAGAAAUUUGAUUCGUCGAGAGACAGAAACAAGCCCUUCAAAUUCAAGAUGGGCCGACAGGAAGUGAUCAAAGGCUGGGAGGAAGGAGUCACACAGAUGAGCCUGGGACAGAGGGCUAAGAUCACCUGCACACCAGACAUGGCUUACGGGGCCACAGGUCACCCCGGGGUCAUCCCGCCCAACGCCACCCUCAUAUUCGACGUGGAGCUCCUGAAACUCGAGUGAAGACUCCCAGAGAGGGGGAGUGGCCAUCCCUGCCCCGCCCCCGGCCCCUCCCUGCCUGACUCCGCCCCUGACCCCACCCUCUGUCCACUCCCCCGAAUGAUUUCAGCAUCUUAAACCUCUUUCUUAACCAAUCCUCUGCUUUGCUGCCAACUGUGCCAGUUAGACGCCUUUUUACAUACUGAUACCACCAUAUGGCUUCCUAUUUACCAUGUUUAUAUCUUACACAAAAAAUGUUUGAUCUUUGUUGCUUUUCAUUUUUAAGUUGUACAUUUUUAUUGAAUCUGCAAAAUAGCUGGAUCCCUAUAUAUAUAUAUAUAUAUAUAUAUAUAUAUAUAUAUAUAUAUAUAUAUAUAUAUAUAUAUAAAUAUGAGUAUUUACUGAGGUGUAGGCUGCUGCCAGGCUGUUGUGAGUGCAAGUAGGACUUGUGUACAGUAUUCUCUGUUUGAAUGGGCAUUAAGAACCCCUGUCUGCAUUGGUGCUUUUUUUCCCAGUGAGCUGAGCUGUGCUGAGUGUUUGCCGCGUUUCGCUCGUUUAGCACGUUUCUCUCUCUCUUACCGCUGGCGGCGAGGUGCGGCGCAGUCUCCCUGCAUGCUGACGGGCGCCUCAGCCCAGAGCCCGCCUCGCGCAGUCCUCCGCUCUUAAUUUGAAAAAGUUGGGCGCGUGUGUGUGGUGUCUUGCCCUUUGACCUUUGAAAGGGUGCCGUGUGGAGAGAAGCCUGUUCUGCUGAACUCUCCUGCUGAAAACGGCAACCAGUGUUCCCAACUUUUCUGCACUAAAAAAUAUUUAAUUAAACUAGUCCCCCCCCCACCCCGCCCCCUAACCCCGCAGAAGUUGCUUACUGUUACUUACAGAUGUUCCUGGGGGUUUGGACUGCAGGGAAAAUUAGUCAUGUUCUGCAUGCUCCAUUUUGGAUUUUUGGGCGCUCUGGUUAUUGCAUAAAUGAAAUGCACGUUAGAUUUUUAAAAUUAUUUUCUUUUGCUUACUUGGGUAGUAAAUCCUAGUAAUGGAGGCAAAGUACUAUGUGUAGACAGGUCUUGGAUUCUAGUUCUGGCAACAUAAAUUGGCAGGUUUGGUGACACUGAUCAGUGUCUCUGUGCUGUGGGCUUUACCUGCAGCCCUUUCUCAGGUGUGUGUGGCUCCGCCCCCUACAGGGUUACACAGGUAAAAAAAGUGAGCCAAUGAAAGAUGUGCUUUUCCAGUUUUUUUUUUCCUCUGUGACUUUUAAAAAUUCUCACAGUUGGAAGCACGUAGUACUUCACUUUACACAAUGCAACAUUAACACGCUAGCAUGUGUAAUGCUGCACAGAAAAACGGCGUGCACUAUACAUUAAUUCAUCAUGCCGAACUAGCCAUUACCCAGUCAAAAAUCACACACUCGUCUUAGGUGGCCAUUUUGCCUUCUGCAAGGCGUGGUGCAUCAUAAACAGCUCAAUUUUUGGGUUAUUCCAUUGGGUUUAUUCUAGAAUGUUCACAGUGUGCUUCACUGGAAGCUACCCACUUAAAAUCCCAGAAAUGUCUAAGUAUUUUUGUAAUGAAUAUGGAGAAUGAAGCACAAUAAUUGUUUUCUCUCAUUAAUAAACGUGUAGAGUUGAGGACGAGACAGAAAUUCUGCACGUUUUACAUUAGCACGACCACUUUCGUCCUAAGAAUUUUAAUCCGUUUGAAGUUUGAGCGAUCUCACCUGGCGCGUCACCUGUGUUUACAAAACUGUACUCUCAAAAAGUGUCACGAGCCUUUUCCAAAGGAAGAUGUUCUGAAACUCAUCGCUGAAAAGCAAAACAUAAAGAAAAGAAGACUCCAAAGAGUGAUCAUAUUAAUAUAUGUCUUGGUUUGAUACAUAAAAAAAUACAUUUAUGUCCUGUUUUAUUUUCCCUCUGGCUCAUUACCUCUGAAAUUUAGUGUCUGUUACCCAUAUCCCAUCAUGCACUGCGGCUUUCCAAUGUCCAAGCACUGCUCUGACUUGUAGCCUCUAAUUUUCUGAUCAAUGACUCAAGGAUGAAAUGACUUUUUACCGACAGCGCUCACUGACAGCUGUAAAUCUGUUCGGUUCUCUAUGUGGUCCUGUUUGGAGGCGGCGCCAGGAAUGCUGGGUAAAACUGGUGCACCAUGGGAAACCUGGAUGUGGCUGAACAAUAAUCUUCUCCUCAGUCAGCUUUUACUGGCAGUGGAGAUCUCCUGGCCUGCACUUUUACAGUUGUCACCAAAGGCAUGCCACAGCUGUAUUCACAAACAUUGUAUGAAAAUAAAUAAAUGAUUUAUGAGGAAUGACUUUAACAUUAAAA